AUGGCCAGUUCGACGAGUGAACUCACGUUACCGAAAGCGCUCGAGAUCGCUAAGCAGAACCAGCAUGGCGACAUCGAUCCAGCCGUGACCGUGUUUCUUGGACAAAGCAUUGAUGCCAUAUGGCAACGUCUUCAAGCGCAACCCUCGACAUAUGUGUUCUCCACGGAGGGAUUUGCCGUCUUCAGCUACUAUUGUGGUGUCUCUGGCGACAAUGAAAUUGCGCAGCAGGCUCUCAGGAGGUUUUGGGAACGCUACGGAGCGAAGUCGACCGGCACUGAGGGAGAAGGUCGUCACAGCCUGACCGUAACUGCAGGGCCGACGGUGUCGCAAGUAUCAGCCGUCGCCUGUCAGAGAUGUGGUACAAGGAAAGUCAAAUGUGACAAGAGUAAGCCGGCUUGCACACCGUGCGAUCGGGCUGGGAGAAGGGCAGCAUGCACCUAUACUAAGCAAAUGAAAGGCGAAAGUUUUGCGGAGCCAAGUAACGAUGUGGAUGAAAGCAAGGUAUACCAUGAGAUAACCCCAAGGUCGACUUUACUUCGGUACUACAAAGGCCUGGUAGACGGAGUGAAAGUAAGAGAGGAUCUGAUCAAGACCCCACCCAAAACCAACCUCAGGAUGCCCAAGGGGAUGGAUAGCAUAAUCGAGAGGGAAGACAAGCCUACAUCUCAGACUGGGAAAAUGGAUCAACAACACUUUGAACCCCCCAAAACCCUUCCUGUGGACUUGGGUCAAUUUCGCAUGCAUGUGAUGAAUGGGAAGGAGCACAAUCUUGUCAACUCGGCGAAACUGUGGUUGCAGCGUUUGACUGGAGAAACAUGGAACUGGUGGCCUCUCCGUCCAAGUUUCCGACCGCUUCUAGAAGACGAAAUCAGGCUACGGUGGCAUUGCGUUUUGGGGCACGAACAUUGGACUGUGCUUCCUAAUACUGGCCCUGCUCCAUCACCGAAGGCUGUUAAGAGUAAACAGUCUGCCUCUUCAUCGGGAAAGAACUCGGGUACAAGUACGAGCCGAAGCUCUGGAUCAGAGUCAUCUGUUGGGAGGUCAUCCCCAGCCGUCUCCGACAAUGGCACAUCUGAUCAACCAGAUGACGAGGCGGAUUCCGGGAAGGAUAUUCAUACACCCGAUACGAGUAUCGAGGUUGAUAUUGUGCCGCCAAGUGAUUUGACUGGCUUUGUACUUUUUGGAGUACACGGCUCAAAGCGUCUGCAAAGUGCGUGGCUCCGCCUCGCGCAAAUCGAUGUCGCCAUCUACAAAGAUGACGAUAGCUUCUUUGAUGAGAUGAGUGUGCAAUAUAUGAAGCUCCGUGGCUUCCUCCGGCGGGUCUUAUCGAUAUGGGUGUUCUAUACCUGUGAUUUCAUAAUGUUCCACAAAGCGAAUCCGAAUGAAAUCAUGCCAGGCCCUGAGGAGGUGCCAUCGCCCGAAAAUCGAGACUACGAGUAUCACGCAAGUCGAAAUCCUCCUGUAUUGAGUACUGUUUUCAACGCAAACUUCUACGGCUGCAACAAAGCAUGCAUCAAGUCUCAGCUUGACCUACUCUGCAUCUUUCAUGAGUGCAAAGGCCGCAAUCACUGCGGCAAGUAUCGAGUCCUAGAACGCCUUCCGAAGCGUCGACGCAAAUGGGAUGUCGAUCGAGACGAAGAAAAAGACGAAGCAUGGGGACUGAAUGCCGUAUUCGCAGUGUCCUUCUACAAGGUGUUGUUGUAUCAUACGCUCAUUUUGGCGGGACCAAUAGUCUUUUGGGGGCUGUGGUUGAAGGAAUGGCCGAGAGACUGGCAGAAUGCGUCUGUACCGUUCUUCGCUGUAGUGGUGCUGUUGUCGUUGUUUUGGCUUCCAUUUGCGCACAACGAAAGCCCAGCGGAUAGGAAGAGGAGGUCGAAGAAUAAGUCGAUUUGA